AAGUCAAACAAAUCAAUAUCAACAGAUUCAGAAGAAAGCGCCCGCUUCACUGUGAACACAUAUAUACCAUUACUAAAGUCCAAAGAGUAAACUAAUAUUAGCUGAGAAUCAGAUUAUUAUUGGUCUUUAUGAAAUACAUACACACUGUUCAUAUUCUUAGAAUGUUAUAAAUAAAUAACUUAGUUAUCAGUGAAAAUGGCUGGUCAUAUGCAUAUGCCUAGAUUUAAAGAGAAAAUCAUAAUAGUAUUUUCCCUCUUACUAUUUUUUGUAUGUGUAUCAUACUUAUAUUUGAGUUAUUUACAAAACAGUUAUUACAUUAAUUCGAACGGUGAACGCUGUGUUUCUGAACUGACAUCUCUAAAAUAUCAAUUAAACGUGGUUACAGAAUACAAGAAUCGUUUGGACAAGCUUCUAUCAGAGACGCAAAAGGCCCAUGAAAUAGAGAAAACAAAGUUUAAGGACAUAAUGGAAAGCUGCGUUGCGAUGAAACAACAGUCUUCUAUUUGUCAGAAUCAGUUUGAAGAUCUGCAGGCGGAAUGUAAAAGAGUGAAACAAAAUUACGAUCUUGUUUCGAGGGAACUCCAGAAACUGAAGACUGUAAGAUAGAUUUAAUCUUCGAAUUUGAAUUCGACAAUAUCAUUGGUUUUCCAAAGACGUAAUUUUGCCAAAAACACAUUAAAAGUAUAAGUAGGUAUAAUAGCAAAUAUGUCACUUUAAAGUUUUUUGUAGAAGCAACUUCUUGUAGGUACCUUAAAAACAUUAUUAAGUAUAACAUGUAUAAAUAAUGUUUAAAUUAAGUUUUUAUUGUUGAGAAUGAGAUGUGACAUUAUUAUUUGUAUUUAUUAAUUUAGGAUGGGCUUACCCUCCUACUUUUGUUAAUGUCUCGACUCAAGCUUUAACUCAUUUUAAUUUAUUUCGUUAAUACCUAAUAUUUUUUCUGAUGCUUCUGUUUAGUAUUUUUAUGAUAUUAGCAUAUUAAGAAAAAACUUAGAAAAAGUGAUUUAAACGUGCUAUUCAGAUGCUUAAUAAUUUUGCUAACAAAACAUUGCAUAGUUGAACAAUUGACCACCAUAAAAGAAUUUUCAACUUCGAAAACAGAACAAAAUACUUUGGCUAAUGGCUAUGUUGUUUAAUGAAACUAACAUUUUUCCUUUACUAAAUAUGGUCUUUAUGAGGUCAAUUUCCUUAAUGAGUACGUCGCACGUAAUAAAAGCGUGAAAUUUCAUUUGUGUUCAUUAGCUGAUAGGAUAGUACCUUACGUAUAGUCUGGCCUUAAGGUGUUAACUAUAAACAUAAAAAUGGGAAUGUCGCAAUCGUUUGAAAUGUAUACAUUUGCAUUAUUACUAGUGGUAGUGAAGCACGUUGCUAAGGCCCGACGACGUAUAUUUCAGUCGUGAUAGUUUUUCUUUGAAAGAUAAGAAACCUUGUAUACUAAUUGAUUCGAGAAUUUUCUAUCUCGAAGUGGGCAACCACAUCCAGGUAAAUAUAUCAGGAAAGGGUGACUUCAAAGACGACAGAAAAAAGGCUUUUAGUACAUGAUAAUUAAUGUCAAUCUUUUUCUUAAAUAUCAAAUGGUUUCCAUGAUUUGAACAUUCCAAAAUUAAUAUUUUAUAUGUUCUAUUUGGUACUAAUGUAUAAUACGUAUAUUGGAGAUUUUAGGACUAGGUUGUUUUGAAAAUGACAAAAAAAACGCUUAAACUGCUUAAAGCCAUGGUCGCUAAAAGCAGAUACGGCCUCAUAGUUGUCAUUUUGAGUGUAAGGUAUUUAAUUAAUAUAUUUCCGUUGAAUAAAUCAUUUUCAUCUCGAACGUACAUUAAGAAGCAUCGUUCAGAAUAAAUAAACAAAAAUAAUUAGGUAUUAGCGGUACAAAAGUGUACUUUUUAUACCUGCGGGUAAUCGUUUUAUUUUUAUUCGAAUAUAACCAAUUUUAAUUUUAGUUAAUUUAUUGUUUUUAUUUUAGCCAAAUUUUAUUUAUUGAUAUAUUUUAAAUCAUUACAUACUUUUUGAUCAAUUCUAUUUCGUAGUCAAUAAAUGUAUAUGCACUAAACAUAUUCACCAAACAUAUUCAAUGUAAUCCUGUAUUUAAAAACUAUUAGAAAUUGUAAAGAAUAUUUUAGAAGUUUAUAAUAACUUCAUAUGUGUAUUAUGUAUUGACUAUUUAAUGUACAGAAAUACCGAUUGAUUUUGAUAAAUUACAACGAGGCAAUAGCGUUGUUCUAAUGCGAACAUUACGUAACGCCGAUUUUUUUUUAUUUACUUUGUACAACAUUAAAAUGUGUUCCAUUCAUAGACAAUACUUUAAAUUAAAAUUUUCAUAUAUCGUUUUUUUCAAUUUUAUGUCAGAACAAUUCAGUUAAAUUCAGAAUAGUUCAGAAUAAUCCUUGAUAAUAUGUUGAUAAAUCAGGCAACACUAAAGUACCAAUAGCAAAACGAUAUGCGACCCUUUUUUUUUUUUUUUUUUUUCCGGGCCGAGGGCCGAACCUCCUACGAGGUCCCCGCGCCUAGGGGGCGCGCGGGGUAUGUGAGACUCAACGAUCUGCAGGUGUUGAGAGCAGACCGCGGGCCCAAGGAAUUUAGGGCCCACCCACUAAACGACUCCCCUGCACUCUUACACCCGGCGUCCGAUCUCCGUCCGGGGUCAAAACCCGGUCAGAGUAGGGGGGUUCCCGCGGUCAACACUACAACCAGACACGCGGCGCCACCCCGAGGACGCCCGACCGACGGGUCGUCGAGGCGAUAGUCGACGACCAACGACGUCAGUCUCCGCGGUACGGCGGCCCUUCAGGCCGCCCGGGCGAUGCCGCUGGUGUUCCGGGAUACCCCGCUGGGCCAGAACCAGCCUGCCGGGUCGGAACGCGAUACACCGCCGACCGGGUUGCUCUUCCACAGUAUGUUCGGCGACGACAGCGACGACGAAAAUGCGGACCGCAUCGCAGUCCGCAGCCGCCGACGCGUCGUCCCGUCCUCCUGGUGCCAGCGCGCUAGAGUGACGGUAGCGUGCGGCGCAGUCUCAGCCCCCUUAGGUCGCCCCGUGACCAUCACCGGGAGGAGACUGCCUCCUCAUAGGGGCCGGAGCUGGACAAACGCCCUCCUCCGACCCCCGGCUCGACGGCGGCGGCACGGCGCCGAGAGGGAGGAAGAGUUCUCCCUCUCCCGUUCCGCCGCCUCCUUCUGCGAGAUGGUGGACUCGCAGAAGUCGAGCAUCGCCUGCCAGGACUCAUCGCUGCCGAGCAUCGCAGCCACGACGGUCGGAAGCGACAAGUCCGGUCCUAUUUUUGCAACGAGGACGCGGCGCUGCUCCGCGAAAGCGGGGCAGCACGCGAGCGUGUGCUCCGCCGUGUCCUCGUUGCAGCCACUGCAAUGGUGGCACUUCGGCGUCGGCUCCCUCCGGGCGACGAGGUGCAGGUAGCGACCGAAACAGCCGUGUCCCGUGAGCACCUGCGUCGCUCGGAAGGUGAGACGUCCUCGGUCGCGAUUCACCCAGUCCGAGAGGACCGGGCGGAUCGCCUAACGAUAUGCGACCCUAACCCAACAUGAAAGUUGCAUUUGUUUAAUUAAAAUAUCAGAUUGGUACAAAACGCAUCAUUAAAGGAUGACAUAAUAAUGAAUUAUUUAAUUUAUUUCUCAAAAGAAAAUAUACAGAAAUAGAACAUGAUGCUGAAUAUCAAAACUUAAAAAUCGAACACUUUGGAAUUAUGUAAAAACUGAUAUUUAAUCUAAACGCCAACAGAUUAAUUAGUCUGGAAACUUUCAUACGGUAUUUCUUAGAUUCUAUAGUUAUUAGUGAUUGUUAAGUGAUAAUUACUGUUUAUAUAUUUUUUUAUUUGAAAGUUCUUAUACUUAACACGUUACCGUCACAGUAGUUUAUAAAUAUAAUAUCAUGCUGACGCUAAACAAGGGUGUAUUAGAGCCUAAACAGUAAACUAGUAAACAGAAAAUAUAAUUAAUUUACGAAACCACGAGAAAUGGUUGUCAUUUUAUUUAGUAAGGUCACGUUUCGUCAGCGGGAUCGUUUAAAAUACACUCUUUGUAUUACUGCAAAUAGUAUUGUCUUGUCUUGAAAGUCCCUGCGCUCUCUUUGUAUAGCGCCUUCGAUCACACCCGUUACAGUACAGAUUACAGAAAAUGAAGUGCCGGAUCUCCCAUUUAUUUUGGCGUGUGCAUUACAUGCUCUGUGGAUAGAUAAGUUCCUAAUGUUUUAUAAGCGUUGAAAAAGAAGGUGUCGCUCUGAUAUUGAUAUAGUCAGAGAAUAAAUGCCAUUUGAAUAUUGGAAAAAAAAAUCGCUAUGUUGGUUUUGAUGCAAAACGGGAAAGUGAUACUUUUCUCUAAUUCAAGAGACAGAUUGGGGAUCGAUAUAAAAUUUAAAAAAAACAAUUAUUCCUUGAUUUCGUAGUAUAACGAAUUGAAUAAAAUAAAAAAUCGUUAUCCUGCAAAGCAACGCGUUCUUUUAUCAAUAAUCAACAUCAAUGGCGGCAAACUUGAAAACUAUUAGUAAUGUUGCACACAACGUGGGUGAUGUAAACGAGCUUAAAUAUCUUGAUAUUAACGAAGUUUUGAUACAGUUUGUAAAUUUAUUUAAUUAACUUCUUAUUUUAAAUAUUUAUUAUUGAUUGAAUCGAAUUAUUUUGAAUAUGUAAACUAGAUUAAUACUAUUAUUAUUCUGCUAAGUGUCGUAUAUUAAAAUCACAAUAAAAAUAACUACUUGAAUA